AUGCCUACCAUUCUUAUUCGAAUUGCACGAGAAAAUUCUGACUCACCCAUGGGUUAUGAAACAUUAGUAGAAGCUGAUAGUGAUAAUACAAAAUUGGAAGUAAAAAUUACAACAGAUGAACCAAUUGAAGGUGAACUUCUAAUUCAAAGUCCAACAUUAUUUAAAGAAUACUGGCGAAAACCGAAUGAAACACGUGCCGCAUUUACUGCUGAUGGUCAAUUUUUCAAAACGGGUGAUGUAUGUCGUUAUGAUCCACAAAAAAAUGUUUUCUCAAUUCGUGGUAGACAAUCAAUGGAUAUAAUUAAACGAGCUGGAUAUAAAAUAUCAGCAUUAGACAUCGAACGUGUUUUGUUAGAACACAACGAUAUUUUGGAAUGUUCAGUUGUUGGUAUUGAUGAUCCAACGUUAGGUCAAAAAAUAGUUGCUAUUAUUGUAACAAAAUUACCGGAAAAUACAACAAAUUUAACAAUAGACGUCAUACGCUCAUUUUGUAAACAACAAUUACCAAAAUAUUCGUUACCAGAUUCACUAACAAUUCUUGAUCAUAUACCUCGAAAUGCCAUGGGAAAAGUUAACAAAAAGGAACUCGUUAGUUUAAUAGUCUAA